AUGUUACGCCGACGAGAUCGCUCACUUCUGCAGGAUUCAAAAGUCAUCCCUACAGAUCAUGUCGCUGCCCAACACCAUCUGCUCGUUACGGACUUGAAAAUCUCCUGUCCAAGGAAGAGACAUCCAAGGACUGAAACACAGCGCAUCAAAUGGUGGAAUCCGAAGGAUCGAAAGGAGGUAUUUUUCGCGUUCGUGGCUUCAUCUACACUUCCCCACCCUACUCGUAGUGUGGAGGAAAUGUGGUCGUCUACUUCCAGCGUUAUACGCUUGACCGCGGAGAACACUCUGGGAAAGACGACUCCAGGCGGCAAUUCGUGGGAAGCGGGCAGUGUAUCGUUUAGUCAGAGCGGUCAUCACUCAACGUUGGAUAUGGAGCACACCAAGAUCUGGUUAAAGGAGCUGAUAGAGCCGUUCUGUGCGCUCUGGUCAGAUCCUGGAGAGGUUUUUGAGCGUGUCCUGGAAGCUCGUCUGAGAAAAAUUGGCAGCGUUUCACUCAACCAGUCCGGCUUUGUGAAAGACUGCAGCACUAUAGAUGCUAUUCAUGCUGUCCGAAUCCUCCUGGAGAAACAUCGAGAGAAGAACCGCAAUGUGCAUCUUGCUUUUCUCGAUCUCGAGAAAGCUUUCGACCGUGUCCCACAUGAGCUGUUAUGGAUGUGUAUGAGGUCGCAUAGAGUACCAGAAGAAUAUGUGCGGUGGACGAAGCUGCUUUAUGCGAAGCCUGUCAGCGUUGUACAAUGUGCUGCUGGAACAAGCAGGCCAUUUCCUGUACAAGUAGGGGUUCAUCAGGGAUCAUCCCUCUCACCUCUGCUGUUCAUACUGUGCAUGGACACAAUAACGAAGGAAAUCCAGAAGCAGCAUCCGUGGACUCUACUCUUGGCCGACGAUGUCAUGCUCGCGUUGGAGUCUCGAGAUUAUCUUCAGGAACAAGUACAGUCUUGUAAGGAUCAGCUGCAGCAAUAUUGA